AAGCGCUGCAUAUCGUGACCAGUACAGUUUACUCGACGAAGGUGAUACGCGUGUCGGUUCGCUGAUUAACAGUUCUUAACUCAUAAAUUGUUGUGCAAGAAUUAAUCGGUGUAUGUGUUGAGAAUGAUCAACUUGUACAAGCCGCAAAACAGAAACAAAGAUGAAGAUGGAAAGGAUCAGGAUAAGAAGAUCGGACACGAUCGCUUUUACCAGGAGAGAUCUAGGUCGAGGCGCAAAAAGACUUGCAAUCGGAGGGUACAAAGCGAGAAUAAUUUCAACAGUAGCGAACUCAGAUUGGCUCGUCAGAUGUCCAUCGGCAGAAGCAGCAGUAUUGAAUCGCCACCCAGCAAAUGGGUGAACUUGCAGAAAGUUUUCCUGAUGAAGACUAGGUCGACGAGUAUGCCUCGACACGAGUACAGCGCCCUCCGGCUCGAGAACGGAAGCGAAAAGAACAGCAACGACAGACAUCAACAAAUCCAACUGCAAGACGCCACAUAUACAUCAUGUCAACAGUACCUCGAGUACGGCGGAAGGUACGAACUGCAGAGGCGGCUCGGUAUGAUGGGGUCACGUCCAGAUAAACACUGGUUUGUUAUAAAGGAUAAAUCGUUGGGAGCAGAACGUCUUUUGAGUUUGGUGGAGGUGCCUCAACAGUGUCCAUUGCAGACGACUGCGACUACGAGAGAAACUAUGUUGGAACUGUUCCGGUCGCUGCAACAUCCGUACAUCCAUCCCAUUCUGGACGUGGAGUUCUGGGAUAUAGGGGCUGCCUUUAUUUGUCCUCUCAACUACAGCGGUAGCCUCAAAGACCUCAUCUACGGUGAAAACUGGCAAGAGGACCACGGCAGGAAGUACAGCGGUAAAGGUCAGGGUCUCCCCUACCGACAGGUCCAGUGCCUGGGUAGGCAAAUCCUCGAGGCUCUGCUCUUCCUCCAGAACAGAAACUACCCAAAAUUCUACCAUCUGCAUUCCGGAAACGUAAUCAUCCAAAACGGCGUGGCCCGAAUCGCUGCCAUCGAGAAUCCGCUUCUAGGUCUUCCGCCGAAGCCGCCUGCCGUCGAUGAAUGUUUAGCCUUCGGUUAUCUCCUCUUCGAAAUGACGACUGGAUAUGAGUUACCGACGCCGCCGAGCGCAGCGCACUUGAAGAUCGAGCUGGAGAGGACACCGAAAAUAGCGGAAACCCUUUGGGAUAUCUUCGAGAGUGAUUCAUGCCCAACGAUCGAGGAGCUCCUCAGGGAUGACCUCUUCCGCGGAGUCGAGCUGAGAGAGCUACGCCGCACCACCGGCAUCUCGUACGUCACAUCCGCCGAGGUCAACGAUCUUCUGGAGUCCGUGAAAGUGGCUCCCCUGCCAACGCCGAUAACAAGUGAUGUAGAGUGUAGAAUGCUAGAGGAUGAAGUAGACGAAGAAUUGAACAAAGCGGAGACCGAGGAGACUAUUACUGUAAUCAUAGAGACACCUCGGUAGUAGUAGUAGUGGUAAUCUUCGCCACAUAGUUUAGCCGGGAUCCGGGAAAAUAUGUACGUAACAAAGGAUCACGAGAGGCAUCAUUCAUCUUACGAACGGCAUUUUGUAAAAGGCAGAAAAAUUAUGAAAAUACACGCGCGCACUCUCAUCCACACGAAUAAUCACGCAUCCUAGAUUUAAAACAAAACAAAAGAAAAUGAAAAUAACAAUGAUCAUGCAAAUAAUUAACAAAAAAAGAAAAGUGAGAUUUUAAUAUAAGAGAUGAAAUAUUUUACAAAUUAAGAUUUAGCCAAGUAUUGUAAGCGAGUUCUAUUUUAAUUCAAGUAAAUACAAAGCACAAUCAAAAUAAUAAUAAUUAGGAUCCUUCGGUAAAUGCGCUGUGUCAAAUCGAUUCAAUUCAAAACAAAAUUUACGCUUCGAUUUCUGAAGAUUCCGCGGCCAAAACGAAAGAAUAAGUGUUUCUUAGAGAAUUUUGGACCAAAAAAAAAAUUGUAAUAAAAAAAAACGAAGUUGGAAAGAGAACGAAGAGAUAAGUUUAGUAACGAAGUUCAGUAUUUCAAUGUGCCCAUGGAGAGAUUUAUUUUGUAAUAAAACAGUAGGCCCAAGAUUUAAAGGAAUAAUAAAGAAGAUGUAUUUAAGAUUA